GGCGGAGGCCGGGGUGCGCGCUUGGCGAACGUGCCGAAUCUCCGCUGCUCGGCUGCACUGGCCCCUGCGGCCGCCUGAGCGUCUCGGCUGGUCUGUGCACUGCCCGGCGAGGAUGCGGCUGUUCCGGUGGCUGCUGAAGCAGCCGGUGCCUAAGCAGAUCGAGCGCUACUCGCGCUUCUCGCCAUCGCCGCUUUCCAUCAAGCAGUUCUUGGACUUUGGGAGAGAUAAUGCUUGUGAGAAAACUUCAUAUAUGUUUCUACGAAAGGAGCUUCCUGUGAGACUGGCCAACACAAUGAGAGAAGUUAACCUCCUGCCGGAUAAUUUGCUUAACCGUCCUUCUGUGGGAUUGGUUCAGAGUUGGUAUAUGCAGAGCUUCCUUGAACUUUUAGAGUAUGAAAAUAAGAGCCCUGAGGAUCCAAAGGUCUUGGAUAACUUUCUACAAGUUCUGAUUAAAGUGAGAAAUAGACACAAUGAUGUGGUUCCUACAAUGGCACAAGGAGUGAUCGAAUACAAGGAGAAGUUUGGGUUCGAUCCAUUCAUUAGCAGUAACAUUCAGUAUUUUCUGGAUCGCUUUUACACCAACCGCAUCUCCUUCCGCAUGCUUAUUAACCAGCACACACUUCUGUUUGGUGGUGACACUAAUCCUGCUCAUCCCAAACACAUCGGAAGUAUUGAUCCCACCUGCAGCGUGGCUGACGUAGUGAAAGAUGCAUAUGAAACUGCCAAGAUGUUGUGUGAACAGUAUUACAUGGCAGCUCCAGAGCUGGAAGUUGAAGAAUUUAAUGCCAAAGCUCCAAACAAACCUAUUCAGGUAGUUUAUGUGCCCUCACAUCUGUUUCACAUGCUAUUUGAGUUGUUCAAGAACUCAAUGAGAGCUACAGUUGAACUCUAUGAAGAUAGAAAAGAAAGCUAUCCAUCCGUUAAAACUCUUGUUACUUUGGGUAAAGAAGAUUUGUCCAUUAAGAUCACUGACCUAGGUGGUGGCGUCCCCCUUCGAAAAAUAGACCGUCUUUUUAACUACAUGUAUUCAACUGCUCCUAAACCGAGCCUGGAGCCUUCAAGAGCCGCCCCUCUGGCUGGAUUUGGUUAUGGCUUGCCAAUUUCGCGUCUGUAUGCCAGGUAUUUUCAAGGAGAUCUAAAACUUUAUUCUAUGGAAGGAGUGGGUACAGAUGCUGUCAUUUAUUUGAAGGCACUCUCAAGUGAGUCAUUCGAGAGACUUCCAGUUUUCAAUAAGUCAGCUUGGCGCCAUUAUAAGACCACACCUGAAGCCGAUGAUUGGAGCAAUCCUAGCAGCGAGCCCAGAGAUGCUUCAAAAUACAAGGCAAAACAAGAAAAGAUGAAGACCAAUAGAACUUUCUAGAGAACUCAAUGCUUUGGUCCUGUCUGUGAAGAAAGAUCAUCUGCAAGUCAACCAGAGAGAGCUCCUUUCCUCUACCAACUCUGAGCGUGGCAUCAUAGUUAUUCCAAUGCUUGAAUGUGUAUUUUCUCUGUACCAGCUGGACCUUUACCACAGAAACCUUCCUGUAGCUACUUAAGAUCUUCCACUAAAGUAGUGACAUGAGUAAUUUUUCAUAGUAUGUUGCCGUUAUUCAGUUGGCACCCGUCAUAAGAGAGCACAGAGCCUCGCUAGCGCUCUCGUGUCCUCGUACCUGUGUCAUUAUCAUAGAGUUGAGUUCUACCAUCUCCCCGGGAUUCUGAGCUUCCCACUCAUUGCAGAUACAGCAGAUCUCUACUGUUGCACUUUGUGACCAAACACCAUGUUUGUCCCAAACCACCGACUAAGGCCUGGGGAGGUUGAGACAUCAGCCAAGUGUGUCUUGAUAAUUCAGUCCCAGGGCCUUUCCUCUUUCAUAUGCAUCCCUCCUCACUCUGAUUGAGAUUUUUGCCUUCUUUCUUCUGAUUGUAUUCUCAGCGUGAGGUGUGGGUACUUGCGCAUUAGAUCUUAUUCUUUGAUGCAUUGGUUUUAUUUUAAAAUUCGUUUGUGUACUUCCAUUCUGUCAAUUAAAGCAUUCCAAAAGUC